GCUAGCACACCUUCGCUAUAAAAAGGCACCAGACUGACUGCUUGGAAAUCCCUCAGCUUAGAAUGUGGAUCCUUGAGAGGCUGGAUUAAGGCACGUUUCAGUAUUUCUGUUAUGAUUUCUGCACAGUACCAGUUGCUCCCCGAGUCAGACCAAAGAAUAAUGGAAGAGGAAGAAGUACUAGAAGAGAACUGCAAACUUGAGGAGAGCAAUAAAUACUCUUUAGCAUCGGACUCAGGGCCAUGUGUGUUCAAAAUCUUGCCAAAAUGGGUUCCGAAAGCCUCUUACUAUUUUGACAAGGAACAUUAUUGCUAUGCUAGCCAUCAGAUCAUCAUUCAAGAGUCCAUUGAAAGCCUCGGAGCCAUAGUAUGGCCUGGUGCUCUUGCUCUGUGUCAGUACCUGGAAUCAAAUCAACAAGAAAUCAACAUCAAAGACAAGAAAGUACUUGAACUUGGAGCGGGAACUGGUUUGGUGUCCAUUGUGGCAAGUAUAUUAGGCGCUUUUGUUACUGCCACUGACCUCCCCGAGAUACUUGAGAAUAUGGAGUUCAAUAUCUCAAGAAACACACGCAACCUGAAUGUUCACAAGCCUGAAGUGAGAAAGCUGGUUUGGGGAGAGAAUCUCAGUGAAGAUUUUCCUAAAGCAACUCAUCGUUAUGAUUUCAUUGUGGCAACAGAUGUCGUGUAUAACCACACUGCUCUGGAGCCUUUGCUAAGGACAAUAAGCUACUUUUGUCAGCCUGGAACCAUCUUGCUAUGGGCAAACAAAUUUAGAUUCAGCACCGAUUAUGAAUUUUUGGACGGUCUCAGCAAAAUGCUCAAUAUCACACAAUUAGCAGAAUUUCCAGAGUCAAAUGUCAAGAUGUUCAAAGGUACAAUAAGAGAAAAUUAAAAACUUGGGGAGUGCCAGCAGCCUGAUUCAAUGGUAGUGUAAGUGUUGAUGAGCAAAUAAUUUUUAGACAUUAAUGUUCUAUAUUUCAAUAAGGUCUGGCACAUUUAAGAAGAGGACAUCUUCGAUAUUCACCCUACUGACCAUGUGGAAGGAGUGAAAUAACAUUCACACUUGUAAUUAUUCCCCAUUUUCCCAAAGGCAGUAUGACAGUUGAUCAAGGGGUAGAUUCUAGCACCAAAUGCUGGAAGCCUUGCUCUUGUAACCUUUUUGCCUUAUUUGAUUAAUAAGGCAUGUACCAUCUAAUGGCAUCCUUCUAUAAGAAACUACAUCUUCUCCACCUUGGUAACACUCAUAAAAUUCCUUAGAUUGUGAAUUAUAGAUUGGGCUAGACACUUUCAGCUCAGCUCCAUUUAUACUGGUGCAGCCACACCUUAUUGUUAGUAAAGGACAGUGAGGGCUGUUUUCAUUCAACACCAACUCCCAAGUGAGUUCAGAAGUCAAGCCCUUGAAUGUGAAUGGCUUCUAACAUGACUCAGAAGAUGCCGAGAAAGCCACAAAGUAUCUGAUUUAACUGAGAGGCAUAAAUGUGUUCCAAGUCCUUUUACAUACAAGUCUUCCAGAUUGUGGGAAAUUAAUACGGGGGGGGGGAAUCUUGUGUGUUUGUGUUUUUUUUGAAUAAAAUAAUCAGCAUAUAACUACACUUCGUAAGUUAAAAAAACAGUAUUUGUGUGCACAUAUAAAACCGUAAUGUUCAAGAUCUGUCACUACCUGUAUAACAGAUACGUACUUGCGAAAGAUUUUUUUCUAAAGCCUUCAUGUUUUAACCCAGUAAUAAAUGAUUGUUAAGUUAACUACUCAAUAACUGGCCUAUGAACCAUAUAUUCUACCAAUACUAUUUGCUGCAGCACUAAAAUAUUUAACUUUUCA